AGUGAGAUCUACGAUUCCUUACUAGGCGAGCACGAUCUAAGAUGAAGUCUGUUGUUGCUCUCUUAUUUCUCGUCACCCUGUUGGGUCUAACAUGCAGUGAAUAUUCUAAACGUAAAGGAGAUUACUAUCCCAAAAGUGACUACAAGAAAGGGGGUCAUCACUAUUCAACUGACGAUGGAUCUUACUAUCAAGGAGGCGGAUUUAAUGGAGGACAACUUGGCGGAUAUUAUGGAGGACAACUAGGAGGACAUUAUGGAGGACAACUUGGCGGGUAUUAUGGAGGACAACUUGGCGGGUAUCAUGGAGGACAACUUGGUGGACAUUAUGGAGGACAAUUAGGAGGAUAUCAUGGUGGACAGACUCUUCCUGGAGGAGGUGUAUGCCCCGCCAUUGCCUGCUAUGUUCCGGCAUGUCAGGUAGAGAGUUGCCCUAACUUUCCCUACGCUAGAUGUGUGGGUUUCUGCAACGGCUGUAUUGCUCGGUUUUUCGACCAGUGGGGCAGGGAUGUGACCAAUUUCUGUGGUAGACAUCACAAGAAGCACAAGAGAUACUAAAUCCUGGAAUUAGUCAAAUCUAUUUACAAAUAAAAGAUAAUUUAUCAGCAUA